AUGUCUCCAGCCUCCAACUACCAAAAGCAAGUCUCCAAACCCAAUAGCUCCUGUCAACAGCCUUCCCAGAUUCCAAAAGCAAAGGCCGUCACUGUCCCAGGACGCUACCAAUCCCUGGCCUGUGAUGCUCCCUCUGGAGGGAGGAAAUCUCUGGUUGGAGCAUCUGCCCUGCACACUGGCUGGACGCACCGGAGGGGUCCGCGCUGGGGACCAAAGCUGUGCGACCCCCAGUCUAGCCCGCGCGCACAGGCACAGGGAGCACCUGACACCCUGCAGGCAGCCACGCAGCCACCUUCCCAAGCCCGCGGAGUGGGUGGAGCGGGGGCGAACGGAGCGGAGGCAGGGAGCAAGGCGCCUGCGCGACCCCGGGUCUGGCCGUUCCCCCCUCCCAUCCCCUCGUACCUCCAGCCCCCGCCCCUCCUGACAACCACCCGCUACGCUUACCCGGUUACAAGGAACCCAGGCUGCAACCAGGAAAAACUGCGAUCAGAAAGUUUAUCUAAGCCGGAGCAAACUUGGCUGGACCGGCCCCUGACCCGCCUUGGCGCCGCCGCCCCUGUCUUCUGCGCUCCCUGGCCAGGCGAGGACCAGAGUUCUGUUCUCGGAGAUUCUUGCCUUUCUUGUUUUAGCACAAACGCGCGCGCACCCCUUUCCCAUAACGAGCCCCGCCGCCCAGCUGCAGAUCCCGGGGUCCGUCGCGGGGGCUGGAAAAGCCUCACUCGAGAGGCCCGAGCUGGCUUCGGCUCUGGGUCCCGGGGCAGGUUCUCCAGGGUUGGAUACGCUCUGGACGCCUGGGCGGGUUGUUUUGCUUCGGCCUUGCUGGCCGGGGGCCCGCCCACCCCGCCUGGAACGCGGUUUGGAUCGGCGCUGGGAGCCCUUUGUAACCCCAGCCGCAGGCCGCGCAGGCAGGCGGGGACGCGGGAGCCGCGGGGCCGAUUCCUCGCCAGCAUCCAGCCUUUUCGGAGUCAGGCGCGUCCCUGGUGAUUCGCUGAGUUUUCCCACUUCCCACGGGGACCUCACCUUUGGGAGUGAAUUGCUGACAGUGUUAGAGUAACAAGCCAGUGUCACGGAAGGAAACUUAAAGGGACAAAGGGAAACCUUAAAGGUGUCAGAGAGACGUUUGUUUUUGGACAGAAACAGACAGCGAAGCGGAAAGAAAACAGACCUUAUUUCUGUUCUUGUUCCGCUUCAGACAGUAGCAGAGGAGACUCGGACUUCAUUGGUGUUGAUUCUCGUGAUUCCUGUCUUCUAAAAUCCCAAGACUUAUUUAUCAUUUAUCAUCAUCAGCUCAGAUCUCAGGAAAACAGCGCACUGCACUUCUGUUUCUGCUCCAAGUCACCCAUUAAAUAAAUAAUGGAACACCUGCUAGUGCCAGGCGCAGUUCUAAUGCUUAGGAUGUGGGCGAACAAACAAAGGUCUCCCCGGCCUGGGGGAGCUGAAGUCCUUGGGGGAAGAGGUGGGAGACAGAGGGCAAACCAUGGCCAUCCCUAAGUAAAUUAUUUGAGGUGUUGGAAGAGGUCGGUGAUAGGGAAAACAAGAAAAAGAAUAUGGAGGCCCAGAGUGCUGGUGCCUGGCGCACGUCACAGUAUUAAAUAGGUGGUGUGGUUAUGGUAGUCCUCAAGGAGGGUGGGAUUUGAGCUGCGAGGGUUUGAGCAGAGGGUGACCAGCUCUGUUACUGCUGAGAACUCAGUCUGAUGCUGUUUGGAGAGCCCACUGUCCGGGCAGAGGUGGAAAUAAGCGAGGAAAUGAUUGAAAUAGUUCAGGCUAGAGAUGGCGGCUGGUGGCAGGCUCAGAGCAGGGGCCCUGGGGAGAGGUAGGUGGAUUCCUAUUUAUUUUGAAGGUCGAGCUGACAGCAAUUCCUGAGAGGUUGUAUACAUGGGCAAAAGGGAGAGGCAGACAGAGAGGCAGACCUGGCCCCACGUCCCUCUCUCUUCCCUUUUCAGCCCCAGAGUGACCCAGUUUUAUAGAUACAGGGUGCCAGGUAAAUGCUAAAGACACCUGGCCUCUGCUCCUUUCUUCACAUCAUUUUCUUUUCUCCCCUUCCACCCACUCUUGAAAACGUCCUUCCUUUGUCCACAUUGCUCCAUGGAUGCUCCUUA